AUGAUUAUAAUUCUUAUUUAUGCACUCCAACUUUGGCUAGAAUACAAAAAGAUUGCUCAAAAUUUCCCCGUAUUCCAUCAUGACUUUCCCUUUUCAGGUAUCGUGCAGUGGUUGAUCACUUUGAGUAUCUGGGAGAAGUGCUUUCUCGAUCGUCUGCGUAACUUUGCUGAUCUCUGCUGCUUAGCCAACGUGUCAGUGUUUAUACUUUCGCAAGCAAAUUUUGGCUUCUAUAUCCAUGGUCACUCGCCGAUUGGCCGAGCCGAUAUUAGCCUUGCUGGGAUCGUCGCCACUCUGGCAGCUGAGCAACGAGGCUUGACUGCGCGUAGGGGCCUGCAACCAGAGACGGACGAGCACACAUAUCGGAUGGCACUUCCAGCGGGAGUUCGACAGGCAUUCAACCGACUACUUUCACCAAUCACGGAGGCUACAGGCUCUGCUGGAGCUGGGGUUGGAUCCGCACCUGCAACAAGUGGUGGUGGAGUUGCUGGAACUAUGGGGCUUGGGCAGCCAACAACAAUUGGUCACGUCUACCAUUGGAGCCUGCUGCACGAGACAUAUCGAUCAGUCAACAGGUUUCUCAUGCGCUUUAUCUCUAGAGUAGGUGCUUAUCUCGGAUAG